GAGCAUGCCUUUGAUACGAAUGAAAAGUAUUCAUUAUGCCGUUAAAUUAUUUUCGAGAAGAGCAUUUGUUGCCCCAAAGGGCAAAAAUAUAAACACAGGAAUUUCUGCAUGCGCUGAAAAAGGGUUGGACAUUUUCCAGUCAGAUUUAUAUGAGGAUAUUCGGUUGCAGAAACACAUUAAACUAUUGAAAGACCGAUAUAUACAAUCUCAUGCCCAAGCUGUUCCUAAAGCUGGUGAACAUAUUUAUGGAAAUGAGUUACUGCAUAAAAUGAUGUCAGUUAUUAAUAGCAUUGAACAGUUGAAUUCUGAGUUGAGAGAGCUUUUAGUAUUUAUAAAAGAACUUGAAGAAAAAAAGGAUGAACUUCUGAGUACAGCCUUAUUGGAAAAAAAGAACUUGGAAAAUAGUUUAGAACACUUAAAAAUUAAGGUUUUACAUUUCCUCAUUCCAGAUGAAAUUGUUGAUGAUAAAGAUAUUAUCUUAGAGUUAAGUGCUGGAGUGGGAGGACAAGAAGCUAUGCUUUUCACAAAAACCAUGUUUGACAUGUACUGUCGAUACGCACAGUGGAAGAACUGGAGUUUUGAAAUUCUGAAAUUUGAUACUACAGAUAUAGGUGGCUUAAGAACUGGACAUAUUGCAAUUUGUGGUUCCAAUGCAUUCAAAGUAAUGAAAUAUGAAUGUGGUGUUCAUAGAGUUCAAAGAGUACCAAAAACUGAAAGAGCAGGUAGAAUUCAUACUAGUACAAUGACUGUAGCAGUUCUGCCUCAGCCGUCAGAAAUUGAUAUUGUAAUUGAGCCAAAAGACAUUGAACUUGAGUUUAAGCGCUCUAGUGGAGCAGGAGGCCAACAUGUGAAUACAACAGAUAGUUGUGUGAGAAUAACUCACAAAGCUACAGGUAUUGUUACUGAAAGUCAAAUGGAACGUAACCAGCACCGAAACAGGGAACUGGCUUUGAAAGCACUUCGUGCUAAACUGUAUGAAAGGGAAUUGCAAAGCUUCACACAAGAAACAAAAUCUAACAGGAAGUUACAGAUUGGAACAGCAGCAAGAUCCGAAAAGGUUCGAACGUACAACUAUCCUCAAGACAGAAUUACAGAUCAUAGAGCUCACAUUAAUAUGUUUGAUAUAGAACUAUUUUUUCAAGGAGAAGAACAUUUUGAUCAGUUAUUGAAAAAAUUAGAAACAUGGAACCAAGUACAGUCCUUACAUGAAAUUUUAAAUAAAUAUGAUGCUAAUUGAAAAUUUUAUUUCUAUAAAACAUUUAUUCACGUAAAAGAUUUUAAUUACAGAUUUCACAUUGCAGUA